UUUAAAUAGCGAGGGAAUUCAAUCAUUGUAAAAAAAAGCGAAUAAUUUUUAUUUAAUGUUCUUUUCGACGGAUCUUAGCAGCUCAAAGUCGAAACCCUAAUUUUCUUGAAUUUUUUUCUCAUUCGAAAGGAAAGAUGGGAUUAUGGGAAGCUUUUCUCAAUUGGCUUCGAAGUCUCUUCUUCAAGCAAGAAAUGGAGCUAUCGUUAAUAGGCCUCCAGAAUGCUGGAAAAACGUCCCUAGUUAAUGUCAUUGCAACCGGUGGAUAUAGUGAAGAUAUGAUACCAACGGUAGGAUUUAAUAUGAGGAAGGUAACAAAAGGAAAUGUCACUAUAAAGUUAUGGGAUCUUGGGGGUCAACCAAGGUUUCGAAGUAUGUGGGAGAGAUACUGCCGUGCUGUUUCAGCUAUUGUAUAUGUCGUGGACGCUGCCGAUAAUGAUAACUUAUCUGUCUCGAGAAGAGAACUCCAUGACCUGUUAAGUAAACCCUCAUUAAGUGGUAUUCCCCUACUGGUUCUCGGAAACAAGAUUGACAAAUCUGAAGCCUUGUCUAAGGAGAAUUUGACAGAGCAAAUGGGGCUGAAAUCCAUUACAGAUAGAGAGGUUUGUUGCUAUAUGAUCUCAUGCAAGAACUCUACCAACAUCGAUACAGUGAUCGAUUGGCUGGUGAAGCAUUCAAAGUCAAAGAAUUGAAGCAUCUUUCAUCCAUGGUGGUCCAAUACAUGACUUUGCUGUCUGCUUAACAGGGUUUCUCAAUGUCUGAAUGACACCAUUGUCUUAAUUUUCCAACUUGGUUCGAAUCAUAAGUAUUAUAUAUAUUUGUUUGGUGGGCGAGUGAGUGAGUGAGGACAUAAAUUUGUUUUAUCCUUUUUGUGUACAGAUAUUAGUGGUUUCUUACAAACGAAGGAUUUCGAUGCA